AUGGAGAUUGAUCUCUCAAGAGUUAGUAUCCGGCCGUUCUCUCUAACGGAUGCUCACGAUUUCUUGAGAUGGGCCGGCGAUGUUCGAGUGACCGGGAAUCUUCGUUGGCAGACUUUUACGUCGGAAGAGGAAGCUUUGGUCUUUAUACGAGACGUAUGCUUGCCACAUCCAUGGAGACGUUCCAUCUGCAUCGAUGACCGUUCUAUCGGAUUCAUCUCAGUCUUCUCCGAGUCCGGCGAUGAUAGGUUCAAAGCACAUAUUGGGUAUGGAUUAUCUCAUGAGUAUUGGGGAAAAGGAAUAGCUACAAGAGCAGUGUCAAUUGCAGUGACCCAAGUGUUCAAUGACUUGCCUCAUGUUUUGAGGCUUCAAGCUUUUGUUCAAACACAAAACAAAGCAUCCCAAAGAGUUCUUGAGAAGAUUGGGUUUAAGAGAGAAGGUUUGCUUAGGAAGUACAGUUGUAUCAAAGGUAUAAUCCAUGAUGUGUUUGUUUAUAGUCUCUUGUCCACUGAUCUACUUCCUCUUCCAUAA